AUGAGAAUGGAGCAAGGAGAGACAUUUGUGACAAGUGGGAAAUUCUGCUUUGCCAGGGUGGGAGCCCUGCUGGCUCUGUGCCUCCUGCAGCAGGCUCGAGGUCAUGUUCGACUUCUCCCUCCUCAAAAUGUGACCCUGCUGUCGAAGGAUUUUGCCAUGAUUUUGGCCUGGGCUCCAGGGGAAGGCUCUCCCCCAGGCGUGACCUACACUGUGAGGUAUGAAAGCCAGGAUCGCCUGGACAAAUGGAAGAAGGUUCCUCAUUGCAAAAACAUCCCCAGAUCCUUUUGCAAUCUGACUUGUGCCCUCCCCAACCUCUACAUUAAGGUCCGGGCUCGGGUGAAAGCGCUCUGGGGACAGUCCCAGUCGCCCUGGGUGAAAUCCCAGUUCAAGGAUUACUACUCUGAUGUGGAACUGGCUCCCCCCGUGCUGAGCCUGAGCCUCAGGGACGAUUCCAUCCUCGUCAGAGCCUCCUUCCCUCUGCCCACCUGCGUGGAGAGCCUCACCUGGAAGUAUGACCUGAACCUCUGGGAAGCAGGGUCUGAAGACAAGAAGAAAUAUGAAGGUUACUUCAGAAAAGACACAGUGACCAUCAACACCACUGCUCUCAGAGGCAAUUACUGCUUCAGUGCCAGGGCUCUCUUUGAAAGCAUCAACUUGAAGCACAGCGAGUUCUCCCAGCCUGUGUGUGUGCUACUAAACCACAAAGUGGACUGGAAGUUCUCACUCCUGGUCGUGAUCCUUCUGUUUGUCCUCUCUGUCUUUGUGGCCAGUCCCUUCAUCUGCUGCCUGGUGAAACAUGAGGCCAAGCAAAGGAAGAUGCCUCAGGUUUUGGAUUUCUCUCAAUUUAAAGCUGCUGGACCAACGUUCCACUUGGAGCUCAAUGAAAAGGAAUUCUGCAGUGAUGAUCUGAACUGCACAGAGAAGCCAGUGCCUCAAAGGAGGACAAACAGAGCUUUAGGAGGACUCCAGCGGCCAUGGAUGGCUUCUUCCCCAUCAUCAUCAUCAUCAUCAUCAUCAGAGGAGGAGGAGGAGGAGGAGGAGGAGGAAGACAGCAGCACUUUGAUCCCCUACCAUAAAAUGCCAAAGAGACAUCUCAGCUGUCAGCCAGCCCCAGCAGCUCUGGGGGAAACCAGCUUGGGCUCAGGAUCUGGGUCUGGAUCUGGGAAGGCUCCUCAUUUCUGCAGGGAUUCCCAGAAAUCCCUCAUGGAUCUGCAGCUCCCAUCCCAGCACAGAGAGGAUCCCAGCAGGCAGCUGCUCAUCCCCUUGUGGACACUGCAGGUGGCAGAGGAUGAGGGCAUUGCAAGUGACUGUGGCAGUGACAGCUGUACAGAAAGGACACCACCCGGCUCUGCAGUGCUGAGUGAUGCUCUUGAGGCAUCAAAUACAGAGGAAAAAUAUUAUCCAAAGUCACAAUUCCCAGGCUACCAGCACUCACAUUACUUGGGAAGGAUCUAA